AUGGCUACUGAAUCACUCACCCAAGAAGAGAUGGAUUGCGUAAUCCUUGACGCAAGAGAAGGAGAUUUGGAGACUUUGACUGAAAUUUUUACUGAGUUAUCACCAAAGUUACUUCUUACAAUCAAAGACGAUAUUACCUUAUCAACCCCGAUCCACAUGGCCAGUGCCAAUGGUCAUUUCAAAGUUGUAGAAUACUUACUUUCCAUAGUACCUAAGGAAGAUGCUAUUAAAUUAGCAAACUCUAAGAAUGACGAAGGAAACACUCCAUUGCACUGGGCUUCUUAUGCAGGUCAUUUAGACGUAGUAGAAUUACUUGUAGGUACAUAUGAAGCAGAUGCAUUCUUGAAGAACAAUAGUGGACAUGAUUCCAUCUUCGAAGCCGAGAACAAUAACCAAAGUGAAGUUGAAACUUGGUAUUUGAAGAAAUUUGCAAUUGAAGACGGAUACAAUGAAAGCGACCUCAAAAUCGAAGAAGGUGAGGAUGGGAAUACCAAGAUCACCUACAAGCCUGGUAAUGAGAGUAAAGAAGCAGAUGACGCUGCUGCUGCUGCUGCCACUGCAGCUGCCACAGAUGUUGUAGAGAAGGAAGGAAAGGAAACUGACGAAAUAGAAAAGAAAACUGAAGAUCUCUCCAUCUGA